UAAGGCCUACAGAGUAGCGCCUUGCUGUUCAGGAAGUGGCCAGUCAUGUGCUUACAUAUGUUUGCUCACAUUAAUAUUGCUACGAGGUAUAUUACCAUAUGUAGGCCUUCCCUCCCUAGGUCAGACUUAGUUUUUUUAGUAUGUUAGCCUGGACUCAAGUCAAAAUGUAAUAAAAGGCAAUUUGUCAUGUUUGUAGAGUUAGGCUACUCGACUGUGUCCUCAAACUUACCCCUAGAAUGUGGUUCGUUGUGUGAUCUGCCAAGAGAGGUGGAGAGGAACUCCACAGUCCUGGGGGUUGGCACACUGUGAGUGUGAGCUUGGUUAGGCUGAGUAAUGAUGCCAUAAGCCUCAUCGCUAAUACUGCAUGGUGAUUUUGCACAAUGGUAGAACGGCAUGGUGGGAAGGAAAAGGGGACAAACACUUGAUGCCCCUGUACACAAACCUGCAUGUAUGAGAUUUGUCUGAAAAACUUAAGUGUUUUCUAAGUAAAUACUUUGCAUUUUCUUAGCUAACUUUCGCUUUCUAACAGUGAUAACAUUUUAAGGAAAAAUCGUUUAAAAAAUGUUCCGGUACCUUUUACAUGUGUAAACGUCCCACCCUUACCACAGCAUCAUUGAAAACUUUACACAUGACAAAUUGUAUUCAAUGCAAAUAGUUAACCGUUAGUUCUGGUGAUGAAUUCAUGGUAUUCCUAUGAGAUGACCGAGUAGUAGCAUGUUCUGAAUAUCAGAUUACAUCUUACAGGUAUCGUUUACAAGUGAACGCUAGAUUGCGUCAAUCAAAACGCCAAACCCCUAAAAGGGACAGUCCCUGUAAACCGAUUUAGAAUUGUUUUUGUUUAAAUGUUUCAACAUGUGAAGGUCGUACCCUGGUUUAUGGAACGUUUUCCACCCCUUUUUCCUUCCACAGUGCCUUUGCAACAAAUUGUUGUGCUAAAUCAUCCAUGCUGUAUUAGCUAUAGGACUUACAGGAAGGCAGCCCAUAUAGUUGGGUAGUGGCGUGAGAUUGGAUUUUUGGAUCGCAGGACUGUGAAGACAUCUUGGGUCCAAGACAAGUAAUACAGUGUCAGUUGAAGCCAGUCUGGUUCCUAGCCCUGACAUAGAAAAAAUCCUUUUUUUUCGUGUUUGCCUAAGACGUACAAAGAAAACGUGAAAUUCUCACCACUUUUGGCUGUUGAAGAAAAACAUAAUACUACUGCGAGAGAUGUCCUAACAUUUAAGUAAAAAGUGAUGAAAGCCUGGUGUCCCUUUCUGGUCUCCAAAUUGUCACUGUUUUAACAAAGUGCACCACGGCUAAAUUCUAACGUUGACAUGUCUUUGUUAUCAAAUGUGUAUUUUCAAGCAUUAGCAUUUUUUUAUUUGCAGGAGUGGUACCAUGGAGGUGUGAAAAAUACAUGUAGCUCCCUGGUGGUAGGUACAUGUAUGCACAUGUACUUCAUUAAAAUGGUCAUCAGAUGCAAACACCUGGAGGGGGGGGAGAGAUGAAAGAGGCAGCCAGCAUCUCUGGUGGUUUUCCGCCGGUCAUCUAGCCUCCGUAAAUCAUGGAUUCGUUGGGGGGGCACUGUGUUGAUGAACACAUCAUAUACAGUGUACAAUAUCAGUUGCAAUAAUGCACAAAAAUUGUACAUUAUUAUCACUACAAUAGCUUCUAACUUUUAGGACUAUCUCCAGGCACGAUUUAGCAAAAACUAUUGUUGCAAUAAAACAAUGUCUCCAGCGCCACAAUUUGUGGUCGCCGAGAGACAACUUACAAUUUCAUCUAAUUCAGCCAUCUUCCUCUUCGGACCUCCAAUCAUUCAAUUUCAAGUUGAAAUAUUGUCAUGAAGGUUUCACCAUAUUUUAUUUCAGUAAAGUUUGCAUUGAUUCAUCAUUCUCACAAAGAAUACUAUCUUCGCACUUUCAUUUGUUUGUGUUCACAGCUAUUUUCAUAUUCUAGGAUGGAUUCUGUAUUGACUAUUGGGCAUAUCAGUUGCCUUUAAGUGUCUGGAAUCUGCUCAAAACAAGCCUCCGUAGUGCGAUUUUUCUCAUGUAAAAAAGAGCAUUCUCCCUUCCUUUUUUCAUGAAUUUUGCAUUCGAAUAGUUGAAUACAAAAAAUAAUUAUUGAAUAUUUGAUAGUUGAUUGAAUAUUCGAUAACAAUGUCUAGCACCUAGACUAGUCAUUAGAGUCAUCACAUGAAGCCACAUGUAUCUCGGCAGUUUGCUAAUGUUUGCCACCAAAACUUUCUCGUAAUUUUAUUGGUAUGAAAUAGACAAAAAUAAUUGUGUUGAAGAUCACAAAAAAUUUGCUAAAAGAAUUCCACACAUGGAGUUUGUCAAGCAAAAAUGUUUUAACCCAGAAUUUAUGGAAGCAGGUUUUUCUUUGUUUUUCUAAUCUAUUAAAUAUCAGUGUUUUUCCUUAAAGGUAUCCGCUGUAAAACUAAAUAAGUAAUCAUGGACAUAGCAAUAUUAUUUGCAGUACAACAAAUUUUGUUUUGUUACCAGUGACACAUUGCCACAUGUUAUUUCAUAGGUUUACCCACACUAGCCUAGUUUCUUUUGUAUUUUACUUUUCCCAAUGUUUUUGACUUUUGUCACUAUUUAAGAUUACAUUUCCGAUUGCUGUGUACACAUGUGAACAGCUAUUCAGAUGUGAUUUGAAAGGUGACUUGAAAUUGAAAUCAAUAAGCAUGUAAAAAAUUGAUAAACUGUAAAACUUUUUUUGCCAAGAAAAUACAGCAACUUGAGACUUUAUUGCUAAAAAUGUACACAAUCCUAUGAAGGUGCCUCUAGAUACAUGUACAUGUAUGUUUCAUAUUUCCCGUAGUAGACAUGUCUGAGAUCAGAGAGAACCAGACAGCUUGUGCAUAUUAUCAUGUAAUAAAUUGUCAGCACAUCAUGCCACGUGUUGACUUUUCCAUUAAACCAAGAGCUAUCUGGGAGAUGAAAUACGGCUUAUUACCCAGAUCUUCAUUGAUAACAAGCGAGGGCAUUAAACCAACAGCAGUCAGUCCUCUUGCACAACAAACGUACACCUGUUUGCUGCCUGGCGCAGGGAGCACAGGGGCAGUCCUUCACUUGCAGUUGUCUCCAUAGUUGCAUGCAGGGCGUACAUGAAGGUGCAUUCCUGUCCCACAUUUUACACCUGCAUUUCCUCACAGCUGCCUAUCAGACUACUGCACGAUGACUCCUCCCCAAGAGUGAUUCCAUUUCGGGGGGCAGUGAUACCACAACUGUUUUAUCGCACUGCGGUCCAAAGACCGAUUCUUCAUCGGUUCUGUACACAGUCAAAUGGUAUGGGCCUCGGGGUGUAGCACAGUGUGUGAAGCAUUUGCCACUGUACUUGGACGAUUUGGAGGGACGCCACACGGCAUUGAUGUUUAGUUUAGGAAUUUCCAAUGAAAGGUACUCUUAAUCCCACCAAGAAUCUGAGCAACCAAAGCAUAAAUGCCCCACUGACUCGUUGCCGGACAGAAAGACCAUUGACUGCCAUUGAAAGACCUCCCACCGAAGAUGCUGUCUCCUUCAUUAUUUGAUGAUUGCAGCCCAAGUUAUUGAUAUAUCACUGGCGCCAUCAUUAACAUGGAGUUGGGCACCCCUGUGUGGUUCGAUGCGGGUGGGGACUACCCCCUCCCAGGCAGAGUGACAGAGACAUAUGGAGGGGAUACAAAGGGGGUCAAGGUGCAAUGCGUACUGGAUGAGAAGAUGUACACUGUUGCCAAUCCCCAAGAACGUAUCAGAAUACGACAUGACGCAUUGGAGAUCCAGCACAUUGAUGACAUGAUACAGCUCAGAGAUCUCCAUGAAGGAUCCAUUCUCUUCAAUCUCAAGACAAGAUAUGACAAGGGCCUUAUCUACACGUACACGGGAAGCAUAUUGGUUGCUGUCAACCCAUACAAGCUCUUUGACAUCUAUGGCAUUGACACAGUCAAGAAGUAUGAAGGCAAACCACUGGGCCACCUUCUCCCCCACCUGUUUGCCAUGGGGAACAGUGCCUACAUGCGCAUGAUGCAAACCGACAAGAACCAGUGUGUGAUCAUCAGUGGAGAGAGCGGUGCAGGGAAGACGGAGAGUACCAAGCUCAUUAUGCAGUAUCUGGCGGCUGUCAACAAGGCACCCUCAAAUCUUACCACUGAACAGAUUUUGGAGGCCAAUCCUUUGCUGGAAUCCUUUGGCAACGCCAAGACAGUGAGAAAUGACAACUCAAGCCGAUUUGGCAAAUACACAGAAGUCUUCUUCAAGAAGGGAAUCAUCAACGGUGCUAAAACUACAGACUACCUUCUUGAGAAGUCAAGGAUAGUGCACCAGGGUCCAGAGGAGAGGAACUACCAUGUCUUCUAUGAACUGCUGGCAGGUCUGUCCUCCCCGGAGGCAGCAAAGUACGGCCUGCGCACUGCCGAGAGGUAUCAUUUCCUGAACCAGGGGGGCAGCUGUCGCAUUGAGGGGAAAGACGACGGGGAGGACUUCUACCGUCUGGUCUCGGCCAUGGAGGUGCUGCGGUUCAGCCCCUCGGAGCAGGAGGUCAUCUUUGGCAUUUUGGCUGCCAUACUGCACCUGGGCAACGUCAAGAUGAAUGUGGGACAGAACGACUACCUGGUCAUCCAGAAUGAGAAUGAACUCAACCUGGCUGCCAAGUUCCUCCACCUUCGCCUGGAGGAGUUGGAGAGGGCCAUCACAUUCAGACUCACGGAGACAAGAGGAGAGCGUAUCCUCACCCCACGCACCUUGCAGCAAGCCAUAGAGGCAAGGGAUGGAAUCGCCAAGUCUGUGUACUCCUCCCUGUUUUCCUGGCUGGUCAAGAGCAUCAACACCAUCGUGGGUAACGUCGGCACAAUGACUUCCAUUGCCAUCCUUGACAUCUUCGGUUUUGAGGUCUUCCAAACAAACAGCUUUGAGCAGAUGUGCAUCAAUUAUGCAAAUGAGCACCUGCAGUUCUUCUUCAACAAGCACAUCUUUAUGCUGGAGCAGCAAGAGUAUUUGAAGGAGAAGAUUCCCUGGACCAGCAUUGAGUUUAAGGACAACCAGAAGUGCAUUGAUAUGAUCGGCAAGAGACCCUUUGGGAUCAUUCACAUACUGGAUGACGAGAGCAGCUUCCCAAAUAGCUCUGACAAAUCCUUCAUGGACAAGUGUCACUACCAGCACAUGGGUAACACUCACUACAGCCGGGCCAGGGUGUCUUCCUUGCAGUUCAACAUCAAGCACUUUGCCGGGCCGGUGACCUACGACAUUGAGGGAUUCCUGGAGAAGAACAGGGAUAUGCUCAAACCGGAAGUGGUCAACAUGUUCAUCAACAGCCAAUCCCAGCUCAUCUCGGACAUCUUCGUGUCCCUGAGACGGCAGGAGGAGCAGAAGGCAAUGAUGAUGAGCAGCGUGAGAGGGGACAACAGCAUGAGGAAGAUGCGAGCGUCCACCGUAGCGACGCGCUUCAAUGAAUCACUGCUGGAUCUCAUUGGCACCAUGACCAAGUGCAAUCCGUUCUUUGUGCGUUGCAUCAAGCCUAACAACUACAAGUCGCCCAUGGAGUUUGAUGACGAGCUGGUCUUGGAACAGCUUCGCUACUCAGGCAUGCUUGAGACCAUCUCCAUCCGCAAGAUGGGCUUCCCCAUUCGCAUGGGCUUCAAACACUUUGCCAAUAGGUAUCGCUUCCUGAUGGACCCAGUAGCAUUGAGAUCUACCAUCAAGGAAACCUGCCGCACAAUCUUAGCCAAGGCUGAUCAGAGUGAUGGCAAAGAUUAUGUGAUCGGAACAUCAAAGGUAUUCAUGCGCGAGUCCCUGGAGACCUCGCUAGAGCACCAACGCUCCCGCGUCAUCCGACACGCCGCGGUCACCAUCCAGAAGUGGGUGCGGCGCCACCAUGCACAGCGGCGCUACCGCAGGCAGCGGGAAGCCGUAAUCUUGAUCCAGGCCCAGGUCAAAGGCCGGCGGGAGAGGACACGGUAUGUCAAGGCCCGGCGGGGAAUGAUCCUGCUGCAGGCAGUGCACAGGGGCCGUAGGCAGAGGAGACGGUACCUGGAGAUGCUGGCACACCACAAGAAGAUGCUGGCGGAGCGGGCGAGGCUGGACGCAGAAGAGCGGGAGCGGCUGCAGGCGGAUGCCAUCCUGCUGGCCCAGGAGGAGGAACGACUGGCCAAGCGGGCCAACAUCACCCUGCUGGAGAUGCCCAUGGACCUGGCCCUGUGCAUGGAGAAGUUGGCCGACUGGUCCAACCCUCACAGCGAGAGGAACUUGAACAAGACUGUGGGCCAGGUGGCUCACCAAGACUAUGUCUUCAGCUUCCCUCUGGACGUGGAUGAGUACCCACUCUCCAAGUACAUCCAAAUCUAUUUCAAGACUCCCCACUUUGGAGCUGCCAUCGAGCCCAUCAACACCGGCUUCCACAAGCUGAAUGAGAUGGAGGACCAGGAUGCUGUCUCCACCUUCAAGCUCAUCCUACGCUUCACCUUGGAGAAGGGGCUCAGUAAGGACAAGGAGAUGCUCAUCGGCAACUACAUCGUUCAAAAGGGCAUCUCCAACAGGGCCCUACGCGAUGAGAUUUAUAGUCAGCUCUGCAACCAGACCUGGAAAGCUCCAGAAGCCCUAGCCGAGGAGAGGGCCUGGCUACUUAUGGCCAAUUUGAUGAGUGUAUGCCCCCCAUCCAAGAGAUUCUACAAGUAUCUUCUCAAGUAUGUCUCGGACCACGCUUACGACGGCUACAAGUCCUACUGCCACCAGAAGCUGCUGCUGUGCGACACCCAGGCCCUGGAGUUCCUGAUCCCCCGCACCUACCCUCCCUGCUUCCUGGAGUGGAAGGCCAACCGCCAGCGCUGCAACAUGGCACUGGUGGCCGAGCUGGCUGACGGCGAGGAGGUCACGGUCAUGGCCGACUCGUGGAGCACAGGGGAGGACUUCGCCAAGAGUGCUCUCCAGAAAAAGGGAAUCACCAAAGGCUGCUACGGCUGGUCAGUGUACAUGGUGGAGGACAAGACCCGUUCAGAGCUCUCCGGCUUUGACUAUAUCAUGGAUCUCAUCUCAGAGAUAGAGAUCCCGCCCGAGUUCCCCGUCCGAGAGUCACAGUUCCUGGUCUCCUCUGAGACAGUUCAGGACCGAUUUCCACAGAGGAAGCUCAAGGUUGUCCGCAACAAUCUGGCCCAGAUUGACGCUCUUCUGGAGAUGGAUCCUGCCGCUCUCAAUGCCAACAUCCCUCCGCCACCCUCCGGAGCCCCUCCUCCAGUGCCUGCCUCCAAGGCUUCGCCCAGCAAGCUACACAUCCCCUCCUCUGCUCCCCCUCCCUCUGCCAGUGGUGCCUCCCCUGGGGUUGACCUGAGGCAGAAGAGGCCCUCGACGAGUUCCCGUCCGAGGAGUGGGGAGGUUGAGUACUCCACCUCUUUCCUGAACCCGAGAGAGGAGUUGCCAAGGCCUGUCUUCCCUGGAAACAUUCACAUCCCGGAGCCAGACUAUGACUUGCCACCGGAGGAGGACCAGAGGAACAAUGAAUACGACGAUACAGUAGUGCAUCCGUCCAGCCCCAUUCAUCCAACGCUGAACUCAGACGCCAGCGAUAGCGAGAGUGAUCAUAAUCACUACGUGGGGCAGCGCAUCAGGAAUGUGUCUGUGCCCCGCAGUGAAUCCAGAAAUAGGCUCGAUGACUACGUGGACAGAUUGUUCAACCCUGUCUUGGAGAUGAACGGAGGGGCAGACCUCGCCAACGCAGCCAAGUUGAACAAGGCCUUGAGGGGUGGGGGACGAGGCCCCACUCCCACCCCCACACCAGUCUUUGUUCCUCCACCUCCCCCGUUGGCAACAGGUCUUCCAGCUUCGUCCGUGCCUAUGCCAGGCGAACCUCACCAGUCUCCUGUUGCACCUGUUAACUUACCUCCUACUGGUCCAGGACCAAACACACCACCUAAUAUCCCAGCACCUCCUCCACCACCUCCAAUCCCCAAUUUACGUUUCCCUCCCCCUAGAACACCAGCAGCUGCGAACCAACCACCUAAUAUCCCAGCACCUCCUCAGCCAGCUGCAAUCCCUAAAUCACGUCCCCCUCCACCCGGUAACCCAGCAAAUGCCAGUCCGUCGCCUAAUAUCCCAGCACCACCUCCCCCACCUCCAAUUCCCAAAUCAAAUUCCACACCACUUAGUAACCCAGUGAAUGGAAACUUGUCACCGAAAAUCCCACUUCCUUCAAUUCAAUCCUCUGGUGUUCCAAAACCAGCCACCCCAGCACCAAAGGGUCUGGUUCCCGUCUUGACAUCUUCUCAACCAUCUCCUGUCAACCCAGCAUCUGUAAACCUUACAACAAACCCUGCACCAGUUAAACCAGCACCCAAACCAGCAUCUGUAAUCCCAACACCAAACCCAGCGCCCAACCCGGUACCCGUUAUUCCCACGCCCAAGUCAGCACGUGUUAAUCCAGCACCAGAAUCUGGAUCCAUAAACCCAGCAUCCAAAGCAGGAUCCAUGAACCCAGUGCCCAACCCAGCAAACAUUAACUCAGCACCAGUCAACCCUGCACCCAACCCAGCACCUCUUAACUCAAUGCUUGGCAGUCUUGCUCCUACCCUCUCUACACCUGUUACCCUAGCAACCAGUUACCAGGUUCCUAUCAGUCAUUACUCAGCACCUCUUAACCAAGCUUCAUUUGUUUACCCAACAUCUACUAUUAACCAAGGAGCCACUUUUCCACCCCUCACGCCUGGCUUUGCCAACAUCCAGGGAACACCCAUGCAGACCUUUCCACCUACUGCAGUGCCUUCUGCAACAGGUUUACCCUCUGUGGCCACCACUCCGGCCUACACUCCAGGGAUAUUAACCCAGCCCACCCUGCCCACUGUGCCAGCCGUACAGUCGGUACCUCCUGUCUUGCCCCUGGGUGUGCCCGCGGCGGUACCACCUGCCAUGCCGGCUACUAUGCCUUUGACAGUGCCCACGCCAGUUGUGGUGCCACAGCAGCCUUCCUUGUUAGAGGCAGCCAUCCAACAGCAACAAGCAGCACAACACAUGGCUGCUCAGCAAGCAGCCGUACAGCAGGCUGCCGCCCAACAGGCUGCCGCUCAACAAGCAGUAGCGCAGCAAGCCAUUGCCCAGCAAGUCGCAGCGCAGCAAGCGGCAGCACAGCAGGCUGCCGCCCAGCAGGCUGCCGCCCAGCAGGCUGCCGCCCAGCAGGCUGCCGCCCAGCAGGCUGCCGCCCAGCAGGCUGCCGCCCAGCAGGCUGCCGCCCAGCAGGCUGCCGCCCAGCAGGCUGCCGCCCAGCAGGCGGCCGCCCAGCAGGCAGCAGCCCAGCAGGCAGCAGCUGCAGCAGCAGUGCACCAGCAGCAACAACGACAACAGCAAGAGGCCCUCUUACAACAGCAAGCAGUCAUGAACCAGCAGACCAUUGUGGCCCAACAGAUGCAGUUGCAACAGCAGCAGCAAAUGAUACAAGACAUGCAGUCCAAGCUCUCAACUGCUGCACCCACACCUGCCCCUAGUUCCCUGAAGAGUUCCUUAACCAAAUCCCAUGAUGCCCAGGAUCGCUCAUCCAGUGUCGGAAGUCCGCCCCUGUCCCCGCUGAAGAAAAAGAUUCUCCACUUUUCCAGCAAAGUAGUCGACAUCCCAAGAGAGUCUUUUGAUGGGGCCACCACCAGUGAGAUGAAGCCAGAUAGCCCCAUGCAAGCUCCUCCCAUCCCACCGGUCAAGUCCCCCAAGCCAGGCUCUGUGCCACCUCCCCCACCCCUUCCACCCCCACCCCCUUCCCCUCCCUCCGACUCCAACGGGGCCAGGGUCCGGACCCGCAAUGGGAAGGUGGUCCCACUGAAGGACUCCUAUCGGGCCGACACUGUCCGCAUCGGCCGGGUAGUCUGGCCUCCACGGAAGGAGGAGGAGCACCGGUCGUCCGGCGUUCAAAUUGACUGGGACAAGGAUGCUGUGGCAGCGGACGCAGGCCAGCUCGAUGAGGAUAUCAUCAGCAGGAACUACCAGCCCACCAGUGAGAUCAAGAAAGCUAUCCAGGCCGCCCACAAUUCCAAAGGGGCCCCUCAGGAGGCCUCACUAGAAACGCUCAUCAGUGCCCGAGCGAGGCGGCUCCAGGGCAAAUUUGACGACAGCACCCCUAAGCCAAUGCCCCCCCUGCCACCCCCACCAUUGAAAUCCGCACUCAAGGCACCUCCUCCUGCCAGGCAGAAGAAACUGAGUCCACAACCCUCCCCCAGCAAGCUCAAGAUGGAAGAUGUGCAUGCGGAGGCCAUGGCCAAGAUACGUGCAAGGAAGGCCACCCUAGAGCGGCAGAGCCCCAAGGGUCUGCCUCCCGUGACCAAAGCACCGCCACCCCCAGUCACUCCAUCCAGCUCCCCUACCCGAGCACCCCCAGCACCCCCAAUUCCCCCAGCUGCCCCAAUUACCCCAGCUUCCCCAGGUCCUAUAGUACCUCCACCGCCCCCUCCACCCAUAUCAACCAUUCCGUCCAUCCGAGCCAAGGCAGAGGCCUUCCAACAGUCACAACCUGUCACGCGAUCAGAGAGCAAACGGGAUGUUCCCAAGAGGAUCCUACCCAAGAAGCAGGAAGCACACAAUGAGGCAAUGCACAUCUUGAAAUCCCAUGGCCAUCGUGUCCGGACCAAUACUGACCACUGGCAGGCAUUCCAACAUUUCAAGAUAAGUGACAAAACGAUGGAUGAAGUUGUGGUUCCCCUCAUGUCAUCCGAGGACAUGGAGAAGCUGGAGUCACCCCACACCAAGGCCUUUGCCUCCAUCCCUGAUGUCUUCUACACGUACAACCGAGUGCGCUGGCAUCUGCACAUCCGCAAGGAGGUGUUCACACCUGGGGAGAGACUGGAUAACCCCAUGGCCCAGCAGCUUGUCUUCUAUCAGAUAGUCACCGACACAUUCAGUAAGAGUUGCAUCCGUAUGAGUAUGGAAGAGAAACGACAAGUCCGAGCAGUACUGGAUACCCAUGGUGUCAAUCCGCAAAAUGCAGCUCAGAAAACCAAAAUGCGCAAGGACGUCAUUGAACUGGUUCGCAAAUUCCCCAUCUACUUCUCCAGGUUUUUUCCUGUGACGGGGGGCAGAAAGAAUCCCCGUGUGGAGAUUCUAGGGGUCUCAGAGAAUGGCAUCAGUUUGGUCAAGCGUGAAUAUGACCAGACCAAAGACCAGCUGACCCUGCUGGACCACUUCAGCUUCUCUGACAUCAAGCAGAUUGAGGUGACUGCCGUGGGUACCAUCAAGAUCACUCUGACUAACGACAGAGUCAUAUCCCUGUUUACUUACAGGGCCCAGCUGAUCAAGAGCAUGAUCGAAGCCUACAUCAUCGACCUCGAAAGGGACUCCCAGUAUGUGAGAGCAAUCCAGGACUACAUCACCAGAGAGUCUACCCUGCUGAGUUUUAGGAAAGGUGACAUCAUCAAGCUGAAUAACAAGCACCCUGCUGCUGGCUCAGAUUGGCUGUUUGGCAUGCUGGAUGGACGCACUGGCUUCUUCCCAAAAGAAAGUGUUAUUCCAGCCCCGGGACCUGAAUCACGGAAUCUUUUGGUCAGAAGAGGAAUUGCUGCUGAUUUAGUUAUCAGUGCCCAGGAAGAGCCCAAGAGGCAGAAGCAAGGGGAACUACCCCCAUCACCCGCCAAGCCACAGGAGAGACAACCAACUCAGGAGGAAAUGACCCGCUUUUCCAUGGUGGAAUUUGCUUCCAAGUACUUCAGGGAAUACCCCAACAAGUAUGUCAUGCAGAGGAAGGAAGAUGGCUCAAUCAGAGGUUCUCUCAAGUUCAUGGGUAACUUCAAGAGGUCCCGCAAGAAGAACUCCAAGAAGAAGCCUGACCCGGUGGAGGACGUGCAGGAUUACAGUCAGUACCUGGACGCCGUGUCCUUCACCAACUCUCCCAUACAGGCCUCCCUGCUUGAGUUCCCUCAGUUGGCCAUCAACAAGCUGGCUCUGGAGUGCUUCGUUGCUCUGAUGCAGGUCAUGGGUGACUACCCUCUGAACACUAAACAAGAUGUUCCACUUCAGCAGGCACUCUAUGAGAAAGUGGUCUUCAUUCUCAAGGCAUGCUUCAGUCACCGUGAGAUAUGUGAUGAGGUUUAUUGUCACGUCAUCAAACAAACAACCAGAAACACAAGCUCAAAGAAGUUGAGCCAACUCCAUGGCUGGCGUUUCUUUGUCCUGCUCACGGCCAUCUUUCAGUGUUCGCCCACCCUCAAGCCCUACCUGUUCCAAUACCUAAGCAUGGUGACCCAGACGGCCGAGUUCCAGUACGGCGGCAUUGCUGGGGUCUGUCUAUUUAACCUGCGUAAGACCUUCAGGCAUGGGGGUAGGCGCCUGUUGCCGGGACCAGAAGAGGUGGAGAAUCUCCUGGCUGGGCGCAUGGUCCGGCGUCAACAGAUUCACCUACCGGGCAACAUGCGCACCAUGGUCAAAGUGUCCACCAGUUCAGUGGUUCUGGAUCUCCUAGAGGAGCUGUGCACCGAGAUGGGCAUACAGCAACCAGCCGUGAUUGAAGAGUUUGGCCUCUUUGGGCUGGUUCCACAGAAGAACAAAGUAGUGCCCUUGCAGCUGUCUGACUACAUGAUGGAUGUGACCACUCACUUUGAUAAUCAGGACUUUGAGUACGCUUUUCUCUUCAAGAAGGUGGUGUGGUACCAACCGAUGAGCGUCAGCAAUGAGUUUGCCUCAGCCAUCAUCUACAACCAGGUCUUACCCAAUUACCAGAACGGUCAUCUGGUUAUCUUGGAAUUCAACACCCUGACUGAACAGCAGAAGACUAAGAUUGUUAGGCUGGCUGUUCUCAUGCACAGGGCAGCCGACAAAGUCCAGAUACCAACAAUGAAGGAUCUCCCUAACCUGGUGCCGGCCGGUGUCAUCAACCACAUGACCAACCAGCAGUGGUUGAACCUGAUCCAUGGUGAGCUCCCCCUCUUGGAAUCGAUGAGUCCCCACAUGGCCCGGACAGAGUUCAUCAACACCAUCAUGAAAUGGCGGCUGUUCGGUUCCACUUUCUUUGAUGUUGUGCAUGUCUCUGACUCCCGCGUGGGCGGAGGAUGCCUGCUUGCCGUCAACAGGAGGGGAGUACACUUCUUGCACCCCCAGUCCCAUGAAACACUGGUGUCUCAUGGGUUUGAUGAGGUGGUCUCCUCACGUUACCUGAAAGGGAAUGACGGAAGACAGUAUGUGGACCUUAAAUGCGGCAACUUGAUGGUUCAGAAAGUGACCAGGAUUCAGACUAACCAAUGUACUGAGAUAAUCAACGUCAUUGGUCAACAUAUCCAGUCGGAGAUUGCUGCCAAAUCCCAGCAAAAUCAGUCUGACAACAUCGCUGAUUUCAACAACAUCAGAUCCCCAACGUAUCCCCCUAGCCAGGGCCAGGAGAGCCCCAACAAUCCCGCCAAGCGAUGGGGCGGGGUGGCCAUGCCCAUCCAGUCAGCUAACGUGAUACGAUCCCCGAGUGCGUUGUCUGAUCGCAACCGGGCGGCCUCACCCCGUCGUGAGCCAGAGCGCCGACCUUCCCCAACAUCAUCAUUUGAUGAUGCCACCGUGCCAGAGACACGCCCAUUGUCCUGGAGGCAGCAGGAGUCGCCCUCUCCGUCAGACGGGCCCACCCACAACAGAGUAAGGCAGCUGGAUUCCAACUGGCUGUUGGCUCCCAAGGGUGCUGAGAGAGGUCACGCCCGGGUACCGUCCUGGGACAGGUCCACCGGCAGUGCCCGUGACUCCCUGGAGGGGGAUCCGCCUCCUCGCUCCCCUGUCGCACCCCUCUCGUCGGAGAGCAUCUUGAAGAUGGGGAUUCCACGAUCUGCCACCUCGAGACAAACAGCAAACAAGGGGGCACCUACAGCCAAAAAUGGAGCUAUCAGCAAUGGCAACAUUCGGAGCAAUCGGAUGGGCAGAGGAGCAGUGCCUGGUGUUUACUCAGGGAGGAAGUAAGUAAUGGUUGCCACGGUGAUAGUACUGAUCAACAUGGUGAUAGCAUCAUCAUCAAAGCAAGAGGAUUAGUGAGGUAAAAUGGGAAACUGAUUCUAAUGGAGAUUAGAAAUGAUGCUGCUUUCACACUUAUUACAUUUGUAUGAUCCCUUGAUUUACUCUGCCUGGGUUCAUUUUGUUGUUUGUGUCUCUUUGUGUACUCCUUGAGCGUGACUCCUUGGGCCUGACUCCUUUCUACAUUUGAUCGCUUUGGAAGGCAUCAGUGUAGACCAUGUGAAGAUUGACUGACAGAUUAAAAGAUUGCCUGAUGCAUAUCCCACAUUGUGGGAUUCGUGGGCGCAAGUGGUUUGCAUGCCCAUGGCUUUAAGUAAGCACAAUUCAUAGAGAUGUGAAUGCGUGAAAACCCUCUUUGCAUGGAAGCUGGCUUGGGAGUUUGCAUGUGUGCAAGUAGUCUCCCUUUUUCACUGUUCAGGGAGUUAUUUGUAUUCAAAGUUCAUAGGGUGGGAGGUAUGGCAGUGUUUGUAACAGCAUUUUACUUGUUAGCUCGUUGUUAACAAUCACAAUCAAUGACAGGCUUUGCCUUUAUACCGGCAUAUGUUCAUAAACACUGUAUACUCAGUGCUGGGAUACUGUACUCACUGUAUACUCAGUGCUUGUCUAAUGAAAAAAUCACAAGUCCACUCGGGUGGGACUCGAACCCACGACCUCCUGCUCACAGGCAAACCCGUAAUUAAAGUAAACAUCUCCUGAUGCAAAGUACAUCUUGAAACAGCCUAAUGUCUUUUGAGUUUUCAAGCUUGCAUGAAUUCACCUCGGGUGGUCACGAUCAUUUCCAUGUCUUAAAGGCUGGAAUGAUUAGAAGAUUCUUUUAUAUUAUAAGCAUUUGCAUCUGCAACAUGAAUUCUUUGGUCACUUUUGUUCCUCGUUAAUAAUUCCUCUGUUCAGAAUUGAAGGCUAGGUGAUAAUGCCAAUUGUGGGUAAUUGUUCUUUGAGUUGCAGGAUAAAUUUUUCAAAAACAGUACUUAAAAGAUAGCAAAAAGCGAGAGCUGUAAUUCAUUACUUAUUGAGGAUUUCUUAAGAUGUAGAUGCUUCUAUGUUUAUCUUAUUAGGUCCCCUUGAGGUGAUGUGGAGACUUAUAGAUUGGGUAUGCUUAACACAGGCUGAGAACUAUUAAAUUGGAAAAACAAAAAAUUCCCUUGAUUUUUAUUGUGUCACCAUAAUGAGCUUGUUCUGCUCUGAUAAAUCUGGAAUGUCUGAGGCAUACAGCUGUAGUCAAACGUUCCAUUCAUAUCUGCUUUUUUAAUUGACAGACUCAGUAAUUCAAAACUGCCUAAUAUGCUGUCAUUCUUAUUAGCUUUGAAAGAGAAGUGUUUAAAUGUGAAAAAUUACAUUACAUAAAAUGGAUUAUAUUUUUGCUGAUGUGAAUUCACGAAAUGGUUGUGCCAAAUAUUAUAUAUGUAGGACCAAGCCUUACUUGUAGAAAACAGACACGUGUGUGUAUUGAUAUGGCACUUUGAGCUAUUUUAUUUAGUUCCAUAUGCUAAAGCAAUGUGUGAUUGACUUCUUAAUAUUAAUGAUAUUUGUAUUCAACUGUGACAUGCAAGUUAUUUAAAAAAGCACUUGUGUAGAUGUAAAUAAACUAUGAAGAAUUUAUUUGUUGAUGGUUUGAUUUUGUAAACUGCCAAUUGAUGUAUACAGCUCAUGUACGGUUUCUUGUGUAUUAAAUUAAUCGGCAUGGUCAUUUUCAAACCAUAAGUUUGAAAUCAUCAUAGUUGUGGAGAGAACGUAUUUUAAGAUUUUGAGGAAAAAAAUUAUUAGUUAUACGUUGAGGCUUAUAAGUACAUGAAUGGAGUGCACGUGUACGUACGUUUUUGCCUUUUAUGCAAAUGCGUAUUAGCUACUUGUAAGCAAAUGAUUUCACUAUUCUUUAGGUGCUGCAAAUGGAACAGGUUUCGUUUUUGUAACUGAGAAUUUGUUUAUUCAAGGGAAAAAAUCUAAAAUCUCCCAAUACCCACCUGCUAAUGCUUUUAUUUGAAAUCAGGUCGUUCGUGUUCUGACAGAGAUAGCCUUGUGUAGCCAGUAAUGGCGAGGAGUCCAGAGGGAUAUAAUGUCUCAAAGCCUGAGAUAAACUUCUUUGGAGUCCAGUUGCACAGUAUUGGCAUACCUUCGUUGUUAGAGGUACGCAAAGUACUGUGUUAAUUGAACAUGCCCCAAGCAUUGCAAUGGGCUGCUGAAAGAAUGAGCCAGUUCAGUAUUCCCCCAAUAAAGGUCAUCAAGAACAAAGCACCUGAUGAUGUCACACCAGUUUACUGUCCAACCUGUUCAGUUCAUGUGAGCUAGCAUAUUGGGCCACUCUGAUUGGGGUUGAUCUUGCAUGUGUGUUAAUGUUCUCCAGUGACCUUUGACAUGCUUUCUUUUUGAGUGUGUGCUGCUGUAAUAACGCUGGCUCAUUCUGAGGAAAAAGACUGCCCAACCUCCCCACCCAGUCAAACUCUUCUUCUUAAGGCACUGCCACCAAUUUCCUGCAAUAUCUACUGGCAGUUUGGUUCUUUUUAUUAUUUCUGGCUUUGUCGAGAUAGGUGUGCUUGUCAGAAACAAUGCUCGCUUCUGCAUGAUGUUAAAUGGCAAGGCUUUUGAAAAUUUGAGUAGGAUAUAUCCAAUCAUGUCGGAAAAUGUACUAACAUUGCUUGUUUAACUUUAUUUUUGUACAAAUUGAAAUCAGUACUUUGAUAACUGUAAAAAAAAGAGAGGGGUCAUUUAACAUGUUUUACAUGAAUUGCCGAAUCUUUAAGUUGAUUGAAAUUUUUUUACUUCUUAUGCCCGUCAAUUCAAGCCAAGAAAAAUGUUAAUAGUAAUACAUGCCUUUUGAAAAUAAUGCGUCUUUGAACUUCCUCUGUAUUUAAAACUCCAUAACAUUAAUGUAGAGCUUUCUAAGCAGUGCUCAUGUAUGUGCAUGUCGUACAAAUUAUCUAUCAAAAAAAAGACGAUCGUGUAUAUAUCUGUUUGAAUCUUCAAAUUUUAAGUCAUGUUUCAUAAAGCAUUUUUGGUCAUAUUUUUUAUUAAAUCAAUCACAGAAACUUUUAAUCAAAGUUGGAGUUACUUUGUUUAUCAAGUCACAAGCACCAUGAUAAACAAUACUUGAAGUGUAACAAGGAUGUUUCAGUCCAGACUGUUUAAGAUGUUACAAAGUGCAUGAGAUCUUAAAGGAUUUUGCCAGACUCAAGAAGGUAAAGUACGCCACUGUGGGUUGACUUUGGGCUCAGCGCCCCUUGGAAGUUGACUGAUGCUUGGUCCUGGCAGAGUGCUUGAUGUGAGAGGAUAUGGGAAGAUUCUUGGUACAGACUUAUCCACUGAGUUAGGAUAUAGCAUUGGUAGUUGAUGUACUCAGAGACACUUAAAUGUUUAUACUCUUACAAUUCUGCCAGUUGUGGAAGAGGUUGAUUGCAGCCAAUCAUCAAGAGAUCAUUCAGUUCCUCUGACAUGAAUCAAUGUAUUCCUUUAGAAAGCAAGCAGGACUGCCAUUUUGCCAUUAAAGUAUAUCCCACAUUUUGAUUUGAAAGCUUAAGGUAUGACAAUGUACUUCCGUAACAUUGAUACACAAUUAUCAAAUAUGUUGCAAAGGUACGAGUGCAUAUUGUAGUUUGUUACACGUAUUGGAACCCUUGUUUCAUAGUGCUUUUCUCUCCAGGAUUUUAGUUUCAAUGGGUAUCCUGCAUGCAUAUAUAUGUAAAGUUAAAAAAAGGAAUUAAUUUGGCAAGUAAAUUAUUUUAAUCAUUUGUAUUUUAUUAUAGAAUUGGUGAUUUGUUAAUUUUUAUAAAUCAGUUCUAUAAAAUUUCAUAUAAAUUUGAUAUUUUUGUAAUAAAUUAUUGAUCUGAGAUUUGCAA